GUCACGCAUGUCAGUGGCGGCGGACUACUAAGAACAACAUUACGUUUAAAAAAAUAUUUAACAAGUGAUUUGCAUCGAAACUUUAAUCUCAGGGUGAAGCACAGUGUGUUUUCGACAAGUGAUAUUGUUAUCUAAUCAUAAUUCGUCUGAUUUUAUAACAAAAGUGCUCAUAAUAAGUGAGAAAAAGUUUUUUAGUGUUACCCUGCAACUUUGGUACAUUUUUAGUUUCGGUAUGAGUGAAUUAAAACUGUAGUGGUUUCGUACUAUUAAUUUCUUAAACUACUACUACUAGUGGACUAAAAUAAAACUGUUUGUGUAAAUUUUUAACGCAUAUCUUUUGUAUAUUCAGCUUUUUCUUUUAAUGAAAGUAACGCCAUCUAUUAUCUGCAAUGCCGAAGUGCCGGGCGUGUGGGAAAUAUACCGCGAAUGCUGACUGUGUCCGUUGUUCAAAAUGUUCAAAUGUAUACCACCGCGGCUGCAGCACCGUGCCUGCUGGCCCUAUCCCUGCAGGGUUUGCGUGUCAGGGCUGUAAGCCUGCUGACAACUGUUCUUCUGAGAGCUCGAGCCCCGGUGAGGAAAUAAGGGGGCCAGGAAAGGUCGAGGCGGAAUGCACUCGCAUGCUUUGCCAACUUAUCCAGGAGGUCAAGGGGCUGCGCACCGACCUCAAGGAAGCAAGAAUUGAAAUACAGCAAUUUAAGGCAGAUCUGCAGUCGUGUUGCAAUCGAAUUGCUUCUGUCGAGCAAAAAGUUCUUGAAGUUGAGGAAAAAGUCAUGGCAAAAUCUGGCGACAACGAGCACCUUGAGAAUACGAUAGCUGAUCUGAAAGUACAAUUGAACGAACGGGAUCAGGAGCUACUGUUGAAUGACGUUGAAAUAGCAGGCAUACCAGAGCAGAGAAAUGAAAACGUCCUCCAUCUCGCCAGCCUCGUAGCCGUAAAGUUGGGGCUCACGCUUGAGGAGCGCGACAUCGUUCACGCCGAGCGGCGGGGCGCCGUACGGCGCAACCGUGUCGACGGGGAGGGUGCGCCGCAGCGGCCGCGGCCACUGGUCGUGCGGUUGGCGCGUCGCGCUCAGCGCGACGCCUUGCUGCGCUCAGCGCGCGUACGACGCGGCCUAUCUACGGCUGACAUGAACCUGACCGGGGAGCCCAGGAAAGUCUAUGUCAACGAGCGCCUCACUCAAUACAAUCGACAGCUGUUCGGUAAGGCACGGGAAGCCGCGUCCCGCGUACAUUGGAAGUACGUGUGGACAAGAGGCGGACAGAUAUUUACUAGGAAGGAUGAUGGUAAGUCUGUAGAACGGAUUCGUAAUGAAGGAGACAUAAAUAAAAUUUUUGCUUAAUAGUUAGUUUGGUCUCACGCAACGAUAUAAUACAUUAUAGUAAUAUACUUUGUAUACAUUUUUUGUUAUCUCUCAUUCAUUACAAAUAUUAUAACUUAAUAUUGCAAUACUUAGUCUAUAUAAGACUCGUGAAAUAUUUAUUAUGUCCAAAAAACCAUUUAAAUUAUCUUUCCACUUACCAUUUAUUAAUAUUGAAUAGCAUGUUUGCCGCAGAUUUAAUCAUAAUUGCUUUUUGUUUAUUGUUUAGUAUACUUUUUGUUAUACGUUUAUCGUUUGUUGUCGCUUUUUAUUAUACGGUAUACGCUUGUGUAAUAUCUCAAUAUUUUUAUUCUGUUUGGAUAAUUAUUACAUACUUUCUUAUUUAUUUUGUGCAGUGUAAUAUCUUUCUUAUAUUACAUAGUAACUAUAUAUGUAUAUUAUUGAUCAACCUAAAUGGCGACAAACAUUGCAUACUUAUCGAUUGGUCGACCUUUGUUUACAUUUAUGACAAUAUAAUUCUGUCCCUUAAGUUAAUAACGUGUUAUAUUUUUUAUUGCUAUUUUAUAACGGUGAAAUAUUAUUUUAGUUAUCACAUAAUGCUAUCAAAUAAUGUGUGUGUAAACGAUUUGCUUAAAGCCAUACUUCAUUUGUUUUUAAUUUUUAGUGCUUAUGUAGCUUUUAUGUUUGUAGUUUGGAAUUUGUGUUGCGUUUGUUUGUGUUUUUGUUGCAAUGCUGUCUAUAGGGAUUUUUGCUGUUUUGUACCUGGUUGUUGGAAUUAUUAUUUAUGUAAAUAUGUUUGUUACCCUAAAAUUACAUUAUGCCAUACUUUUUUAAUUUAUAAUUUGUU